AUGGCCGACAACAUCCUAAACCAAGUGCAGGGGGCUACCAACAACCCCAUGGCCCAGUCUGCUAAGAACAAGGGCCAGGAGUUCGUCAGCAACAAGAUCAGCGGCAACAAGGACCAGCAAGGACAGGGCGGACAGGGCGGACAGGGAGAGAAGAAGUCCUCGAACCCUCUGAAGAGUGCUAUGGACAAGGCCAAGGAGAAGUUCACUGGCGGACCGAGCGAGUAA